CUAAGACAUAACCCCCUGUUAGCAUGGCGGAAUCGUUCUUGUAUUUCGGAUUUGCAAGUAAUUUGCUCAAAGAACGUAUAGGCGUACGCUGUCCAGAGGCAAAGUUUCGCACCAUUGCCACUUUAAAGGAUUACAAAGUCGUGUUUAGAAAUCCAUCUACCCCAAACCAUGAGGGUAUUUGGCAUGGCGCCACUGCCACUAUAGUGCCCUCUACUGGUGGUAUUGUCUGGGGUGCGGUUUGGGAGAUUGGCAAUGAAUAUUUAGACGCAUUGAACAGGGAAGAUUUCGUGGACAAGGGAGUUUUCAGGAACUUUGAAGUAACCGUUAUGACGCCAGAUAAUAAACCACUAAAAUGCUGCUGCUUUCAGAUGUGUGACCCGCUCCCCGAACCUGGCUUUCCGUCACCCCAUUAUCUCAGUGUGAUCGUUGAUGGCGCUAUUCAAAGAGGAUUGCCCGAAGAUUACAUCGCCGCGCUCAAAGCAACUCCAGAUAAUGGCUAUCAAGGAAAAGUUAAUGUCAUGGAUGAUAUUGUGAAAAAUAAGACUAAAUAAUUCUGAUUUCACUGUUGUGUUUUGUUUAUUAUAAGUAAUUUCUUUUACUGUCACA